AGAGGUCAGCGCUCUGUGGCUGGGGGAGCCCGCCAGGCAAAUGCCAGGAUCAGCAUGAGGGGCUGGACUUUCGCCCAGGUCUGUCCUCACCCCGGGGGGCCGCCUGCUUUGCGCGGUGCAUCUGCGAGGAGCUGCUCACUUUUUCCCCUCGCAAGUCUUUGUUCCAAGCCAGACGUUCCUCCCAUCCUCUAAUCAGCUCCCUCCGCUCCAAAGGGGUCGGGAAGCUGGGAUGCUCUGCCAGCUUGGAGGAUGUUGACUCUGGAGUGGGAGUCGGAAGGACUGCAAACAACAGCGUGGAAGAUGAGCUGGAAAUGGCCACUGUCAGGCACCGGCCUGAGGCCCUGGAACUUCUGGAAGCCCAGAGCAAAUUUACCAAGAAAGAGCUUCAGAUUCUCUACAGAGGAUUUAAGAACGAAUGCCCCAGCGGUGUUGUUAAUGAAGAGACCUUCAAAGAGAUUUACUCUCAGUUCUUUCCACAGGGAGACUCUACAACAUACGCACACUUUCUGUUCAAUGCUUUUGAUACGGACCACAAUGGAGCUGUGAGUUUUGAGGAUUUCAUCAAGGGUCUUUCCAUUUUGCUCCGGGGGACAGUACAAGAAAAACUCAACUGGGCAUUUAAUUUGUAUGACAUAAAUAAAGAUGGCUACAUCACUAAAGAGGAAAUGCUUGACAUUAUGAAAGCCAUCUACGACAUGAUGGGGAAGUGCACGUAUCCCGUCCUCAAAGAAGACGCCCCCAGACAACACGUGGAAACAUUUUUCCAGAAAAUGGACAAAAAUAGAGAUGGGGUCGUUACUAUAGAUGAGUUCAUUGAAAGUUGCCAAAAAGAUGAAAACAUAAUGCGCUCCAUGCAACUCUUCGAAAAUGUGAUUUAACUUGUCAGAUAGAUCCUCAACCCAACAGACAAAUGUGAACUAUUCUGCCACACUUAAAGUUGGAGCUACCACUCCUAGCAUAGAUUGCUGAGCUUUACACUGAAGCAUAUUAUGCAAAUAAGCUUUGUUUUAAUAUGAAGCAAUCCCUCAAAGAUUUGUUUUCCAGUUAUAAUAAAUUUGCAUCCUUUUCAUAAUGCCACUGAGUUCAUGGAAUGUUCUAUCUCAUUUCAUACUCUGUGAAUAUUCAAAAGUAAUAGAAUCUGGCAUCUAGUUUUGUUGAUUCUUUCGCCAUGGGAUUAUUCAGGCUUUCACUAUCAGUGAUUUUAAAAUAUUGGUGGUUUUUGCUACUCAUUUGUAUGUAUUCAGUCCUAAGGUUUUAAAUGGUUUUCUAAGAUGUUGACAUCUGAAUUUAAUUUCCAGAAAUUAAUUUUCAUGUUUGUAUGCUAUAAUUCCAUUUAUAUAAUUUAAGUAAACAAGAUGAGUACAACUAAAAAAAGAACCCAAACUCCCAAGUUUCUACAGAUUUGCCACCAUCUGUUAAAGACAUUAAUUUAUCUGCCAUUUUUAAGACCAUUUAACAAUUGGUUUAUUAACAGAUAUCAGCAUAUGCCUAACAAAACUUUAGUAAGCA